CUUUUCGUUUUUUGUUCGUGUCGUUCCGCUGAAAUAAAUGGUUGCGUUGCAAAGAGAAAUUUCUCAACUUCACUUCAUUUUUAUUUUUUUGAUAAAUACGAAUAAUUCGCGGUUGUCUGAAUAAUUUUUAAAAUUUCCUUAUUUCCAGUCCAUUCAAUGGAAAUUAUUUAGACAAAAUUCGAUAUGUUGAUACGAUUUUGCAUCUAAAUCAUGGGUAGUAUUAUUUUUUCAAAAUGAUCACAAUUUUAAAAUUUUUUGUAUGGAUCGAAAACGUAAAUUUCAAAUCAAUAAAUGUGAAGCCUCGAAGUGUCUCGGACAAGAUAAAGAUAACAAAUGUGAUUCUGCUUUGAGUGGAGUUACUCACCACAACGGAUACAGAGGCAAGAUAUGUGAUAUUUGGCAUCGAAAAGGCGAUGAAAGACUAUUCACCGACUGGUUGGACGAACUGAAGAGAAACAGUUCACUUCUAAGAGGUAGAGAAGAAAACCUAAAAGUAACACCGCCCUAUGUUGUUACCCAUACUUGCGUCGUUGAAUUAAUUUUCAGAAUGUGUAAAGAUUUGAAACAACCUGCCGAUACACGUUAUCGCACAGUUGAACUAUUCGACCGGUUCAUAGCCAAUCAGUUUAUCGAUUUGGUGAAAUCUGUCGAAAAAAAACAAGAUCAAAUGUCCGAAUGGGAUGGAAUAAUUGAAAAAGUCAGUAGUAAUGCUCUAUUACGUGUGAUUUCCUGUAUUCAACUUGCAUCCAAAUAUUGCGCUCAUUCUACGAUAGUGCCUCCAAAAACAGCUCAUUUGUACUUAAACAAACGUGGUCUAUCGAUUUCCGUGCAAAACAUUUUAGCAUCCGAAGCACGCGUGUUUAAAUCGUUGAAUUUCGAUAUUGGCGUACCUACCUUACUGGUUUACGUGGACACAUUGUUACCUCUAAUGCGAGACAUAAUCCAUGAUAAGAUUUACACCGUUUGCAUAAAUAUCCUCGAUAUUAUUUAUUUGCAGAGAAACUAUAUCUUCAAAAGUCUCAGCGAUAAAAUUAUCAAAAAUUGGACACAUUCUCAUUCGAACAAAUUGAAAUUUUCGUCUUACGAAUUCGACGGGUUAUUUUGCGGCGCUGCUACGAUUACCACAGCUGUCCGGAUUUACUAUCCUAACAAUAGACAUACCGUUGUGAUGGUCAAUAACAAAUUGGCAAACUAUAUCGAAAAACCAGCCGGUGACAUUAUGACAUUUUCGAAUGUAAUUCUUCAAACUGUAGGUAUCCAGUAACAUUUUCAUUUCAAUUAUUUCACUGGAAGGUUCAGUUUUUAAAUUCGUUUAUUUUUGACGAGGGAUUUAUAUCAUUUAACGUGUAAAUACGAAAUACUGAAAAGUAUUUUUUCUCCAGUGAAUAUCAUUUUGUGAUCGAAACGCUUGUUAUUUCGUCGCCGUUUAUCGAUAUCAGUACGUAGAAAUUUGUGUAUCAUUUUAUGAAAUAGAAAACUGAUGGCGAAAAA